UGAGUUUGAGCGUGAGCCCUGCUACUGUAGACUUGCGAACAGUUCUGAGCGAGCGAUUGAGCGCCUCAGAGAGGAUAGGAGUGAAGGAGCCAGUGCCAGGGGACCUAGAGGAGACAGGGCGAGAAAGCGAGCGCCGGAGGACCUACAAUUUGAGACUGAAUGACCAUGGCUGUCUCCGCACCUCCGGUGAUCUCUGCAACUUCAAGUGGCGCCGGCGUCCCAGGGGGCCUAUUUCGGGCCGAACCCAUGUAUUCUACCCCCGGAGAGCCUCCUCGUCUCACCCCCAAUAUGAUGAACAGUUUCCUGGCCAAUAACCACAGCGGCAGCGCCGGGGGUGGCGGGGUCGGUAGUGGCAGUGGAGGGAGCGGCAACACAAACACCAACGAGUGCAGGAUGGUCGACAUGCAUGGGGUGAAGGUGGCUUCGUUCCUGAUGGACGGCCAGGAACUGAUCUGCCUGCCUCAAGUCUUUGAUCUCUUUCUCAAGCACCUGGUGGGGGGCUUGCACACAGUGUACACCAAGCUGAAGAGACUGGACAUAUCCCCAGUGGUGUGUACUGUCGAGCAGGUCCGGAUCCUCCGCGGGCUGGGGGCCAUCCAGCCCGGGGUGAACCGCUGUAAACUCAUCACCAGGAAAGACUUCGAAACUUUGUUCACUGAUUGCACCAAUGCCAGAAGGAAGAGGCAAAUGACAAGAAAACAAGCUGUUAACAGUUCAAGGCCUGGCAGGCCCCCUAAACGUUCUCUGGGAGUGUUACAGGACAAUGCUCGCCUUCUGCCCCAUUCAGUCCCAAGCCUCUUAUCGCCAGGACUUAUCACUCCGACAGGUGUAACAGCUGCAGCAAUGGCUGAGGCAAUGAAGCUACAGAAGAUGAAGCUUAUGGCUAUGAACACCCUUCAGGGAAAUGGAAGCCAAAAUGGCACGGAGUCAGAGUCUGAUGAUCUUCAUUGUAAUACAGGUGGAACUGAAUCCUCAUGGGAUAAGGAUAAGAUGCAGUCUCCUCUUGCUGCUCCUGGAUCCCAACCUGGAAUUACUCAUGCUGCCCUGGCUGGCCAGCCAGGCCUUGGGAGUGCUCCGACCCUCAAUCCACUGCAGCCCAACCACCUGCUGACCAAUAGACUGGAUCUGCCAUUUAUGAUGAUGCCUCAUCCUCUACUUCCAGUUAGCUUACCUCCUGCAUCAGUUGCCAUGGCAAUGAAUCAGAUGAACCAUCUAAAUACUAUUGCCAACAUGGCUGCUGCAGCCCAGAUUCACAGCCCACUCUCCAGAGCUGGGGCCUCUGUUAUAAAGGAGCGGAUCCCAGAGAGUCCUUCUCCUGCUCCAUCCCUGGAAGAGAGUCAUCGCCCUGGGAGCCAGACCUCCUCCCACCCCAGCAGCAGCGUGUCCAGCUCUCCCUCUCAGAUGGACCCCCAUUCAGACAGAAUGGUUAUGAUGUCUGGCAAUAGAGAGGAACUUAUUGUUGACCAGGAUAAUGGGCCAACCAUCAAAAAAUUCCAAAGGGAUAAUAGAGAAGACGUAGCGGUUCAAAUCCCAAUGAUUAAGUCUCCACUGGACAAGAUCCAACUGCCUCCUGGGCAGGCGUUGCCUCCUGGAUUCCCGGGCCCAUUCAUUUUCGCUGAUAGUCUGUCUUCUGUGGAAACUCUGUUGACCAACAUUCAGGGUCUUCUCAAAGUGGCUCUGGAUAAUGCGCGCAUCCAAGAGAAGCAGAUUCAGCAAGAAAAAAAGGAUCUGCGAUUGGAGCUCUAUAGAGAAAAAGAAAUUAGAGAAAACCUGGAAAGACAAAUAGCAGUUGAGCUUCAAAGCAGAAAUACCAUGCAAAAGCGCCUGAAGAAGGAGAAAAAGGCCAAGAGAAAACUGCAGGAAGCUUUGGAGUUUGAAUCAAAGCGACGGGAGCAAGUGGAGCAAGCACUUAAGCAAGCUGCUACUAACGAGAGUGGCCUGAGGAUGUUGAAAGAUACUGGGAUCCCAGAUAUUGAAAUAGAAAACAAUGGGACUCCUCAUGAUAGCACUGCUAUGCAAGCCUGAACGCUGAUGCCCAAACUCCAACUGAUCAUAGGCACAAAUAGCGCGCUGUGGCAGUUACCUGCUUCUCUAGUGUUGUAAUUCUUUAGCAUUCAUGCUCACAUUGUUAAACUAUGGAACCGUCAGUUUCUGUUUGUUUAUUACCAAUAAAUAAAACCUUGCACGUACAGGCAAAAUGUGCUAGAGAAUGGGCUUUCCACACUUUUAGGGGAUAAUCAUAAUGAUGCUUAUGAUAUUGUUACUUCGAUAACCCUUUUGUUCCACACAGCAGCUUAGUGGGGUAAGUAGGUGGAAGAAGUUUUUAGACAGAGAAAAUGCUAUGUCUAAAUGGUGUGGCAGACACAGCCACUUCAAGCUGUGAUUGCUAUGAAAUAGCUUUCUGUUCGGCUGACCUGGGAUUGAACAGGAAUGAUGUGAGAGGGUAAUCCAUUUGUGCAAAUGAUCAAUAUAUGUUAUGACUGUUUUAGAGCUCAUCUUUCUAAAAGAUACAUGUUGCUUGUAGUGCUCUCUAAAGGAAUAGAGAGAAGUCCAGUUUGUAGAUAUCACCAUGGCCAGUUCUUUUCAUAUGUAGAUGGGGGAGCAGUUUACUUAAUCCCUUUCUACUAGCACAUUCCUAAUCUGUAAAGAAGGCAGUGAUAUAAACACAUGCACGAGCUACCGAAAACACCCCUUGAAUUUUUUCUGCUGUCCUCCCAUUUUCAAUACUGCUUCCUCUUUAGUAAGCUAUUAUCAAGCAAACAACAAAAAAAUCUGUAGGCAUACGCAAGGAAAAAGGCAGAUAUGAUGGGUCGGUCACAUCACAGGUACUUUCCUUCGCACACCCUCUGGUUUACACAUGGCAAGAUGCCUAAAAUGUUCUAAUGAUUAGAACCAAAUGGGUCAUUUAGCUUGAAUUGUCCAGGAAAUGGCCUCACAUAUCUUUAACUGUUUACUUAAUGGACACUUAUCCAAAUGCAGAUGACAAAUACCUGUCAUCAUUAUUUUCAUGCUUCCUAAGAAUCAAAUAGAGCACUAUAAUAUAUUAAAUGGUACUCGAGUGAUUGAAAUGAUCUGAUGCCCUUCCUAAAGUGCCCACCUUACCCAAGCAAAAUCUGAUCCACUCUGUUAUUCUUACAUGUGCUCAAGAAUGAGGUUGUUGUAACAAAAGUGCCACUCAUUGUAUGGAAAAGGCCGUAAUCACUUCCCUGUGGCACUACGUGCCAUUUCUUCUGGAAUGGCCACCUACUCUACACACUUCUAAAUAUGACAUCACUUCAUACUAAUGUGACAUUCCAGUCAUUUCAUGCUCUGAAGAACUUUCUUAUGUGGUACAGGCAUUUGGCUUCUUGUGCUUUCUAGAGUCUGCAGAAGGAGGUCUACUUGUAUCUACUUUAACCGAAGUUAGUAUAAUAAUGCAAAUUAGAAGUAUGUCAUGGAGGAGGACUGGGGCAUUUAAAUAAAAUUUUAAAACAUUUUAUGAAUGCCAAAUAUCUGAAUUAAAUAGCACAGAGGUAUAACUAAAAAUGUAAUACCCAGAAAAGUCUCAUUAUUUGACAAGCAAACUGCAUUUAUUGAACUAUAGGGGACAUUGAACAGCAUUUUCAAAUGAACCAAGUCACUUAAAAACAAACUAGUGUCUUUUUCCAGAUAGGUAUGUUUAACUGACUUUGGUUGAACUAUAAUGCAUACCUGUGUUUUUUCUGGCCUUUCCCCCCAUACCUGCCUUUAUUAUGACACCCAAUUUUAGCUUUUUCCUUUUCGUCAGCCUCAGAUACACAGGGUCCAGCAGAAGUAAUGCCUGCUGGAGUGUGGUUGGUAGGGUAAUAAUAUGGGUGUGAUAAUUUAUAGUUUUAAUCUAAACACUUCACCUAUGUCACAUGGUGUGCUUGAGUAUAAUGUUGCUAUGUUACAGAAUUACAUGCUUAUGAUUUUGUGAUAAAAGAUUUGUAAUUAAAAGGGGUGUUAGUUGUGCCAGACCCUGUAUAUAAGAGACUCACACAUUUAAAUUUGGAAGAGUCAGGUGUUGGUGUUUUUGAGAUAACUCAGCUGAUCCGCAGAGGCACAUCCCUGGUGUGGAAGGACUGUAUGGGCCUUUGUCCUUAUUUUUAAAAUGGUCAUAUUUGUGUCUCAAAUUCUCCCUUUUACUUAUCUAAUAAAUCUUAAAACACUGAAUGUCAGUUAUCCCCAAAUGUCAGUGGGUGUCACUCCUUGCAAGCUCCCAAGCUCCCUCUGCAGAGAGGCUUGGUUCCUGGUUCUUCCUGAUCUUUAAUCUUGUUGACUUCCAAAAUGCAUAUUACAUCAUCCCUGUUUGGACUCCAGUCCAAAACCCUCUUAAAAACACGAAACAUUCAAUUACAAAUUAGCUGUUUUCUGUUCCUAAUGAAGUGAGUAGGCCAGGUCCGGAUUAAAAUUCAGCUACUGCUCUCCUCUGUUUAUGGUGCCAGAUGUUUCUGUUUUAUCUAGGAGUUUACUUUGACAGCUAGUACUAAAUGAUAAAUCACUCAUAUUGCAGCCGAAAUGCAUUCAGAAAUGGAAAUGUGGCGAACUUUGAGAUCGCUCCAAGGACCCGUGUUAGUUACCAGGUCAGCGUUGGCUCCUCUCUUAGGAUCGCUCAGUACUGGUACCUGUGAACCAUUAACACAAUGCGUCAGUGUUAGCAUGUGACACGAAAGUAUAUUUUGCUACUAUUAUAUGCUAAGUUAGGAGCAAAACUUUUACUACUACGAAAUCUCACUUUCAUUGUAUUCUGGAUAGAAAAAUGGACUCAUAGUAAUACUGUCUUCUUUUUGCUGACUUCAUUUUUCUUUGGAUUUUUGAGCUGCUGUUGGAAACAGUUCGUGAUAGGCCUUAUAAACUGGCACAUUUAAUGAUGUGGCAGAAAUGUUUGUCUUUUUUAUAAGGUAUAUAAUUAAACAUGCUAAACGAGGGAGAUUUUCCCAAAUUUCCUUUUUUUCUAAAGGGCAGUGAUGAUUGCUUUGUGGCAUUUGUUACUAGGAUUAUGUCCCGUUUUUUUCACUGGGUAUUAGUUUUGUUUUGUAAUCGCUUUCAAGUUUGUAAUGUUCACAGUUUCUAUUGUGUGAGUUAAGCAGUUUAGCUAUUUUGUAUACAUUUCAAUCCUGGUAAAAUGAGUGUCUACCUUUUGAUGUUGAAGAACUUCUCUUUGACAUUUAGGCUUUGUGUACAGAGGAUGAGGUAGGCUGGAAAACAGAGCACCUAUCUGGUGAAUUUGAUCAGAAUAAAUAUUCUCAGAUGCCACAAAGGAGUCUGAAUAAUUCUCUGGGGUGGCAAAUGGCCAGGGAGUUUUCAAAAAUUCAAGUUUUGUUUUCUUCUGGUCACUGGAAGUAUUCAGGUGAAUUUCAUAGGCCUUUUGUCCUUUUGCCCUGAAAUGAACUCUGACCCCCCCAGGUCAUGACAGCAGCAUAAACACAAAUUGUUUUGUUCUUCUAUCCCUUACCAUACCCUUAUUUUUGGUUCAGAGGUACUAUCCAGAAAAUUCCCCCAACACUCUGCAAUACCUUCUACACAAAAAGAAUAAGUAUUUUAAAGAUGUUAUACAGAAGGCUCAAAAAAAGAUAUAUUUCCCUCCUGACAAUGCUAAGCUUUGACAUGACUGAAUUAGUAUUUUAGGCUUGGCUGAUCAGUCCAACAAUGAAAAUGCAGUCUCUUUUCUAUGUGAAAUUGAUACAUUUCACUCAGACACAUAGACUUUAAGUGUUUCCUAAGUGUGGGUGAUGGAUUUGUACUGAUCGUCCACAUUUUGUUUACUGGUUCUUUUCUGACUAAUUUUUAUGAGGUUGCUGGCUACAGCCUGAGGCCCUAACCCAUGGCAAUGGAAGAGAACAAGGCUAGACUAAAAGAGGUAGAGACAUUUUUUAAAAAUUAAUUCCAAUUAGAGUUUUUCCCCACACCAUCAAAUAUUUUCUAACCCUGGAAAGGAAUGGGUUCUUUUGAAUACCAACAUUUCCAUAGAUAUUGGUUUGACCCAACACUAUGGUUAAAAUCAGAAUCAGAACUGGAAAAGAAUCACACAGUCUCCCGGUUAACUUGAGAGAAAAUGCUAAGUAUUCAAAGCUGUCAUUCCUUUAUGUCAUGACUGGACACUCCUUUCUCUCUGUUUCGGUGCAGCAUAGGGAUCUCAAAUAUCACUAUUAUGUCCAAAAAGCAAAAGUAAUGUAGAUAACUAUACACAUCAUAGUUUAUGAAAAGAGUCGUAAUAUGUCAGUGCUGUAGAAAGAACAGAAGCUGUAGCAUGAAACUGGAGGGAAUCUGUGAAAACGAUGCAUUGACACAUAGGAAUGCUAUAAAAUUUCAACCUUUAUUGAUACUGAAUGAAGCCUGUCACAUCACAUCAUUUAGGUUCCUGAAGAUGGGUUAGUAUGUUUAAGCACGGAUCUGACUUAAUCCUCCGAAGAACUAACUUGCUUUCUGUUUUUAAAGGAGGUAACUUUUACUGUUUAGCAAUGGGUCAACAGCUGUGCUCAACCUGACUUUACACGAACGAAGAUGCUCAUCGUUCCAGUUUAUCUCUGAAAAUCUUCAACAUGGAGUUACUGCAGUUGUGUUUAUUAGCAAAGCUUUAUUUACUGAAGCAGCUAUUCAACCUAUAUUGUGUUAUAAAAAAAGGGAACAUGUGUACAUUUAAAAAGCAAUGAUGUGAACUUUGUCCUCGCAUUAGUUUGACCAGUUUAAGAAUAUGAGCUAAAUCCUCAUGGCUUAAGUAUCUUGACCAUAUUUGAUGCUUUUCUAUGCUCACUUCAGCUUGGCUUUUUGUCUUUUAAGAGAAAGAAAUUUGGUAGUGUGUUAGAGACUAGAAACAUAUGUAUGGUUUC